AUGCCACGCCAGGCUCCCGCUGUGCCUCCCAGGGCUUUCCACCACGACCAGCAGAGCCAGCUGUGCCAGCUGCUGUCCUGGACCCAGCACUCGCCUCAUGUCCAGCUGCAGAAAAACAUCCACUACGACCUGUACCAGAAAAAAGACUACCUGCGGGACUGCAUCGUGGCUGAUGGUUCCAGCUACCGUGGCACGCGGGCCAUGACAGAGAAGGGUCUGCGCUGCCAGCACUGGCAAGCCACAACGCCCCAUGACCACAGGUUCCUGCCAUCCUCCCGCAAUGGGCUGGAGGAGAAUUACUGCCGAAACCCCGACCAGGACAAACGGGGCCCGUGGUGUUACACUGUCGACCCCAACAUCCGGCACCAGAGCUGUGGCAUCAAGAAGUGUGAGGACGCCGUCUGCAUGACCUGCAAUGGGGAGGAGUACCGUGGCACCGUGGACCACACCGAGUCGGGGACAGAGUGCCAGCGCUGGGACCUGCAGCACCCACACAAGCACCCCUACCACCCCAACAAGUACCCCGACAAGGGCCUGGACGACAACUACUGCCGCAACCCCGACAGCUCCGAGCGGCCCUGGUGCUACACCACCGACCCCGGGCGGGAGCGCGAGUACUGCCGCAUCCGCCUCUGCACAGAGAAACGCCCACGGCCCCGCAAUGUCACCACCAGCUGCUUCAGGGGUAAGGGCGAAGGCUACCGGGGUCGGGUGAACGUCACCGUGUCCGGGAUCCCCUGCCAGCGCUGGGAUGCCCAGAUGCCCCACCGGCACCACUUCACUCCUGACAAGUAUCUGUGCAAGGACCUACAGGAGAACUACUGCCGCAACCCUGACGGCUCGGAGGCCCCGUGGUGCUUCACUGCCCGCUCCACCAUCCGCAUCGCCUUCUGCUUCCACAUCCGCCGCUGCCCUGAUGAGCUGGGCACCCAAGAGUGCUACCACGGCCACGGCGAGCACUACCGCGGCCACGUCAGCAAGACACGCAAAGGCAUCACCUGCCAGCCGUGGGCUGCCCAGGUGCCCCACGUGCCCCAGAUCUCGCCUGUCACCCACCCUGAGGCACACCUGGAGGAGAACUACUGCCGCAACCCUGACAACGACAGCCAUGGCCCCUGGUGCUACACCAUGGACCCCCGCACCCCCUUUGACUACUGCGCCAUCAAGCCCUGCUCCGGUAGCAUGGUGCCCUCCAUCCUGGAGAACACAGACGCGGUGGCAUUCGAGCAGUGUGGCCGGCGAGACGAGAGGCUGCAGUGGAAAGGACGCAUUGUUGGUGGCCAGCCUGGCAACUCGCCCUGGACCGUCAGCAUCCGCAACCGGGCCGGGGUGCACUUCUGCGGGGGGUCCCUGGUGAAGGAGCAGUGGGUGAUCAGCACGCGCCAGUGUUUCUCCUCUUGUGAUGCCGACCUGUCAGGCUACGAGGUGCAGCUGGGGACUCUCUUCAAGGACCCUGCCCCUGGGGACCCCGACCAGCAGACCAUUCCCAUCACGCGGAUUGUCUGCGGCCCCUCCGAGUCCCAGCUGGUGAUGCUGAAGCUGGCAAGGCCGGCUGCUCUGAACAGGCGUGUGGCCCUGAUCUGCCUGCCCCCCGAGCGCUUUGUUGUGCCCGCGGGCACCGUCUGCUUUGUCAGCCAGGCGCAGGCACUGCCGGUGGGGCCCCCCCAGGCACCCCUCCAGGUAGAGCAGGCGCCGGCCAUCGGGGCUCAGCCGGGGGGAGCAGGCGGCAGCGUGCUCAGCCGACAGCAGCUCUGCGGGCACCAGGGGGUCAGCACCCUGGGGAUCCCCGGGAGCCACUGCACCCUCCACGUCCCUGGUGCUCACCACAGUGCCCACUGGCCAGGUCCAAGUGGAAAAUUCCUGACCUGGGGAGGAGGCAUGGGCUCGGCGGACGGCAGUGUGCUGAACGUGGCGCAGCUGCCUGUGCUGGCCCAUGGCGAGUGCAACGCGGCGCUGCGCGGGCGCCUGAAGGAGAGCGAGCUGUGCACCGCCCCGCUGCGCGCCGGCGUGGGGGCCUGCGAGGGAGAUUACGGGGGCCCGCUGGCCUGCCUCACCGCCGACUGCUGGGUGCUGGAGGGAGUGAUCACCCCCUCCCGUGUCUGCGCCCGCACCGACCAGCCUGCCCUCUUCAUCCGCAUCUCCCUCUAUGUCGACUGGAUCCACAAGGUGAUGAAGAUGGGCUGAGC